GCCGGCGGCCCCGCGCUGGGCCACGUUUGUGCCUCGCAGGCUGCGCCCUCCCCCAGACUCCCAGUUGCUACCCGCUUCCUGGCGCCGUUCGCCCCCUAUAGCACCCCACUUGCCCCUUCUGGACAACUUCCAGCCACAUGCCAUCUCCGACUCUCUUCCCCCAGCCAUCCUGGGUUAUCUUCUCGUGCCUUUGAUUUUGGUCUCGGAGCCUGACCUUCUCUCUGGGUUUGCCUAGCCCAGGGGGUGGGGUGGGGUGGGGUGGGCUGUGUGUGUGUGCUUCUUUAGCUUUCUCUCUGCCCUGCGGCACUCUGUAGUAUCAGCGACUGGGGUCUCUAGCCUCCCUGGGCCAGUCGUUGCCACGGUGAGCGCAGGCUGCGUCCCUACCCUUGCCCGAGGCCCCUCGCCCUUUGGAGGUGAAGGUAUUUGCAAAGGCAUAGGGGACGUGUAUGGUUCCGCGCGCGAGAUGCAUCCGUGUUGGCCUCCUACAGUAAAAGCUGAGUGUCUGUGUUUUUAGAGAGGGGUGCUGCUUUCUGUUGACUUAAAGAAGGGGGAAAAAAAGUUGCAUAGCGAGGCUAGUGUUUUUAGCUGAAGUUGCAGAGCAGGCCUAUUGCAAACACCCUCCCCCCUGGAAAGGACACUCGCUGAGGGUUCUUGCGGAGUUGCACAACAUUGUCAAAAUUAGGAUCUGGAGAUCGUGUAUUCAUACCUGCACGGGAUGGAAGCCUUAUCCAACCUGAGGGAGCACCAGCUUAGGUUGAUGUGUGAAACCGUGAGAUACGAAAGACACGAAGCAAACGAGGUCUUGUACUACCCUGAUGACAUCGGGACCUGCUGGUAUAUCCUGCUUUCCGGCUCCGUGUUCAUUAAGGAAUCCAUGUUUCUGCCCAGGAGCAGCUUUGGCAAGCGUUCUGCGGGGAGCUUUAGGCGUGGCUGCGAGUGCAUUGUUCUAGAGCCUUCUGAGAUGAUUGUGGUGGACUAUAUGGAUGAAAAUGAAGAGUAUUUUCAACGCCAAGCUUCCCACAGACAAUCUCGAAGGCGAUUUAGAAAAAUCAACCAGAAAGGCGAACGGCAAACAAUUAUCGACACGGUGGAUCCUUACCCUGUGGGCAAACCCCCUUUGCCAAGAGGCUACCACACGGAAUGCACUAAAUCUCAGCUGCCCGCAGACUUCACCAAGCUGCACCUCACGGACAGUCUUCACCCACAGGUAACCCACGUGUCUUCCAGCCACUCAGGAUGCAGCAUCACCAGCGAUUCUGGAAGCAGCAGCCUUUCUGAUAUCUACCAGGCCACGGAGAGUGAGGCUGGUGAUAUGGACCUGAGCGGGCUGCCAGAGACGGCCGUGGAUUCUGAGGAUGACGACGACGAGGAAGACAUCGAGAGGGCUUCCGAUCCCCUGAUGAGCCGGGACAUUGUGCGAGACUGCCUGGAGAAGGACCCGAUCGACAGGACAGACGAUGACAUCGAACAACUCUUGGAGUUUAUGCACCAGUUGCCUGCUUUUGCCAAUAUGACCAUGUCGGUGCGACGAGAGCUCUGUGCGGUGAUGGUGUUCGCCGUGGUGGAAAGAGCAGGGACGAUAGUGUUGAAUGAUGGUGAAGAGCUGGACUCCUGGUCAGUGAUCCUCAAUGGUUCUGUGGAAGUGACUUAUCCGGAUGGAAAAGCAGAAAUACUGUGUAUGGGCAAUAGUUUUGGUGUUUCUCCAACAAUGGACAAAGAAUACAUGAAGGGAGUCAUGAGGACGAAGGUGGACGACUGCCAGUUUGUCUGCAUAGCCCAACAAGAUUACUGCCGUAUUCUCAACCAAGUAGAAAAGAACAUGCAGAAAGUUGAAGAGGAAGGGGAGAUUGUUAUGGUGAAAGAACACCGGGAACUUGAUCGAACCGGAACAAGGAAGGGGCACAUUGUCAUCAAAGGCACCUCGGAACGGUUAACCAUGCAUCUGGUGGAGGAGCACUCGGUCGUAGAUCCAACGUUCAUCGAAGAUUUCCUGUUGACCUAUAGGACUUUCCUUUCUAGCCCAAUGGAAGUGGGCAAAAAGUUGUUGGAGUGGUUUAAUGACCCGAGCCUCAGGGAUAAGGUCACACGGGUAGUGUUAUUGUGGGUGAAUAACCACUUCAAUGACUUUGAGGGAGACCCUGCAAUGACUCGAUUUCUGGAAGAAUUCGAGAACAACCUGGAAAGAGAGAAAAUGGGUGGCCAUCUGAGGCUGCUUAAUAUCGCCUGUGCUGCCAAAGCAAAGAGAAGGUUGAUGACCUUGACGAAGCCCUCCCGCGAAGCCCCGCUGCCUUUCGUCCUGCUCGGGGGCUCCGAGAGGGGCUUCGGGAUCUUUGUGGACAGCGUUGAUUCCGGGAGCAAGGCAACCGAAGCGGGUUUGAAGCGUGGGGACCAGAUAUUAGAAGUGAAUGGCCAAAACUUUGAAAAUAUUCAGCUAUCAAAAGCCAUGGAAAUUCUUAGAAACAACACGCAUUUAUCUAUCACUGUGAAAACUAAUUUAUUUGUAUUUAAAGAACUUCUAACAAGACUGUUAGAAGAGAAGAGAAAUGGUGCCCCUCAUCUUCCUAAAAUCGGAGACAUCAAGAAGGCCAGUCGCUACUCCAUUCCAGACCUUGCUGUGGAUGUAGAACAGGUGAUAGGACUGGAAAAAGUGAAUAAGAAGAGUAAAGCUAACACUGUUGGAGGGAGGAACAAGCUGAAGAAGAUACUCGACAAGACUCGCAUCAGCAUCUUGCCGCAGAAACCGUACAAUGACAUCGGGAUUGGUCAGUCCCAAGAUGAUAGCAUAGUCGGAUUAAGGCAGACCAAGCACAUCCCAACAGCUUUACCUGUCAGUGGGACCUUAUCCUCCAGUAAUCCCGACUUGCUGCAGUCCCACCAUCGCAUUUUAGACUUCAGCGCAACUCCUGACUUGCCCGAUCAGGUGCUCAGAGUGUUUAAGGCCGAUCAGCAGAGCCGUUACAUCAUGAUCAGCAAGGACACCACAGCGAAGGAGGUGGUCAUUCAGGCCAUCAGGGAGUUCGCGGUCACGGCCACCCCGGAUCAGUACUCGCUGUGUGAGGUGUCCGUCACACCCGAGGGAGUCAUCAAGCAGAGGCGACUUCCAGACCAGCUGUCCAAGCUUGCUGACCGGAUACAGCUGAGUGGAAGGUACUACCUGAAAAACAACAUGGAGACAGAAACGCUGUGUUCGGAUGAGGACGCUCAGGAGCUGCUGAGAGAGAGUCAGAUUUCCCUGCUGCAGCUCAGCACGGUCGAAGUGGCCACGCAGCUCUCCAUGCGCAACUUUGAACUCUUCCGCAACAUUGAGCCCACUGAAUACAUAGAUGACUUAUUCAAACUCAAGUCGAAAACCAGCUGUGCCAACCUGAAAAAAUUUGAAGAGGUCAUUAACCAGGAAACAUUCUGGGUGGCAUCUGAAAUUCUGCGGGAGACAAACCAGCUGAAGAGGAUGAAGAUCAUUAAGCAUUUCAUCAAGAUAGCGCUGCACUGCAGGGAAUGCAAGAACUUUAACUCCAUGUUCGCGAUCAUCAGUGGCCUAAACCUGGCGCCUGUGGCAAGACUACGGACCACUUGGGAAAAACUUCCCAAUAAAUACGAGAAACUAUUCCAGGAUCUCCAAGACCUCUUUGAUCCCUCCAGAAACAUGGCAAAAUACCGUAAUGUGCUCAACAGUCAAAACCUGCAGCCUCCCGUCAUCCCGCUGUUCCCCGUCAUCAAGAAGGACCUCACGUUCCUCCACGAAGGAAACGACUCCAAAGUCGAUGGGCUGGUGAAUUUCGAGAAGCUGAGGAUGAUCGCAAAAGAAAUCCGUCACGUGGGGCGGAUGGCUUCCGUGAACAUGGACCCCGCCCUCAUGUUCAGGACUCGGAAGAAGAAGUGGCGGAGUUUGGGGUCUCUCAGCCAAGGUAGUACAAACGCAACAGUGCUAGACGUUGCUCAGACAGGUGGUCACAAAAAGCGGGUCCGCCGCAGUUCCUUUCUCAAUGCCAAAAAGCUUUACGAAGAUGCCCAGAUGGCUCGGAAAGUGAAGCAGUACCUGUCCAAUCUGGAGCUAGAAAUGGAUGAGGAGAGUCUUCAGACGUUAUCACUACAGUGCGAGCCAGCAACCAACACACUGCCUAAGAAUCCUGGUGAGAAAAAGCCUGCCAAGUCUGAAACCUCCCCAGUGGCUCCAAGAGCGGGGUCCCAACAGAAGGCGCCGCCGCCGUCACAGCAGCAGCCCUCGCACAAGGGCAGCCAAGGGCUUCAGGUGCCAGCUGUGUCCCUGCACCCUUCACGGAAGAAAGUGCCGGUGAAGGAUCUCCCGCCCUUCGGCAUAAACUCCCCGCAAGCUUUAAAGAAAAUCCUUUCCUUGUCCGAAGAAGGAAGUUUAGAACGUCACAAGAGGCAAGCUGACGACGCACUAUCAAACGCAUCUUCCCAGCUCUCUUCUCCGCCAACUUCUCCCCAAAGCUCUCCAAGAAAAGGUGGCAGUGGCAAUCAGCUGAGAUCUUUUGGUUCCGAGCCGUCGGACUUAACCAGUUCCUCCUCUUCUCUUGGAAGUGAGAACAGUAACAAGAAUAACAAUGCAGCGCGGACCCAUGGGCUAGGCUAUACCUUGGCUCCCAGUGGAACUGUGGAUAACUUCUCAGAUUCGGGCCACAGUGAAAUCUCUUCCCGCUCCAGUAUCGUCAGCAACUCUUCUUUCGACUCAGUUCCGGCGUCGCUGCACGAAGAGAGGCGCCAGAGGCAUUCUGUCAGCAUCGUGGAGACAAAUCUGGGUGUGGGCAGAAUGGAGCGGCGGGCCUUGAUGGAGCCCGAUCAGUACAGCCUAGGGUCCUACGCAGCGAUGUCCGAGAGCCGAGGCCUGUAUGCCACAGCCACAGUCAUCUCUUCUCCGAGCACAGAAGAACUGUCCCAGGAUCAAGGGGACCGCGCUUCCCUUGACGCCGCCGACAGCGGCCGCGGAAGCUGGACGUCGUGCUCUAGCGGGUCCCACGACAACAUUCAGACCAUCCAGCACCAGAGGAGCUGGGAGACGCUUCCGUUCGGCCACACUCACUUCGAUUAUUCAGGGGACCCUGCGGGCCUGUGGGCCUCGAGCAGCCAUACGGACCAGAUGAUGUUUCCUGAGCACAGCACAAAGUACAACAGGCAAAAUCAAAGCCGAGAGAGUCUGGAACAAGCCCAGUCCCGGGCCAGCUGGGCGUCGUCCACAGGCUACUGGGGCGAGGACUCGGAAGGCGACACGGGCACGAUCAAGCGAAGGGGUGGCAAGGACGUUUCCAUGGAGGCCGAGAGCAGCAGCCUCGCCCCGGUGACCACCGAGGAAACCAAACCCGUGCCCGUGCCCGCCCACAUCGCUGUGACACCGAGCACUGCCAAGGGGCUUGUGGCACGCAAGGAGGGCAGAUACCGAGAGCCGCCGCCCACCCCUCCAGGCUACAUCGGGAUCCCCAUCACGGACUUUCCCGAAGGACACUCCCAUCCAGCCCGGAAACCUCCAGACUACACCGUGGCCCUCCAGAGAUCCCGGAUGCUGGCCAGGUCCUCCGAUGCUGCCGGGCCUUCCCCAGCUCAGCAGCCGCCUGGGCACGCGGCCGGCAGCAGACCCCUGAGCAAGCCUCAGUGGCACAAGCCCAGCGAGUCGGACCCGCGCCUCGCCCCCUACCAGUGCCCAGGGUUUUCGGCCGAGGAGGACGAGGAUGAGCAAGUAUCCGCUGUGUGAGGCGCAGCCUUCCGGGGUCCAGAGCGAGUGGGCCACCCGCACGGAGAGCACAGGACGCCAGUCCUCGCGUCAGAGCCUUGGAGCGCGCAUUUGGAGGAUGCUGGACCAGUCUGCCUCCUUCCCUGCCUUAAAAGCAGCAUGGGGCUUCUUCUCCCCUCCUUCCUUUCCCCUUUGCAUGUGAAAUACUGUGAAGAAAUUGCCCUGGCACUUUUCAGACUUUGUUGCUUGAAAUGCACAGCGCAGCAAUCUCUGAGCGCCCACAGUUGCUGCCUGCCGCGUCCCACAGUGUCAUUCCAAAUUCCAAGAUCAUCCCAACACGAUGAUUCACUCUGGCUGCACUUGUCGAGGCCUGGAAGGAUUUUCUUUCUAACCUUCCUUUUCGAUUUCAAUCCAGUCCCAGCACUUGAUCUCAUUGGGCUAAUAAGAAAAGCUAACCAUUGAGCAACUUGGGACCCUGAACCCACCACGGAAGACAAAGAAAAGCAUCCUCUGAGUACAGUGCUUGUCCACUUGUUUACAACUCCGUUCAUUUUUUUUUUUUUUAAUUUCUAAGGAGUUUUAAAAUUGUGUUCAGAGUAAAUGAUAUAUCCAUUUAUUGAUUGCAGUAUUAUUUUGGACCGUAAGCAGGGUUGCCAGCCUGGGUUUUUGCAAAACCAAAUAUGCCGGACAGGGUGUGGCCACAUCAAGGAAAGGGGACCAGUGGGCCCAUGGCCCUGCCUCCCUGUGCCCUUGUGGUCUCGCCUGCCAAGUGCCCUAUCCCAGAAGGAUAGCAUGGUGGCCAACUCCUCCGAUGCCACGCCCCCCUGCUGCUGCUCCUCUCCCGGCGGGCUGGGGCCGGUGGAGGGCUUCCUCUGUAGAACUGUUUGCACAUGGCCGGGGAGGGGACGAGGACUCCUGUGUUCUGUUGAGCCUUUCAGAGGCAGGACAGUGUCAUCGGAGGGAGUGUGCUGCUCCACUGAGACGAAUGGCAAACCCCAUAUUUAAGUUAUGUUUCUUUGGAUUUUUGUUAAUUUAGGAUUUUAGGGGGAUUUUUUUUUUUUUUUUUAAGAGAAACAGAACUGGAUAGCAUUGCAGUGAAAGCAGCUUGGAGUGUUGGAGCGAAUGCCAGCUGUUCGUACUGCUCUUUCAAGACCGCCUCCCUUUACUGAAUUGGCAUUAGGGAAUACACAAGCCUUUCAACAUGACUGAAGAAUAAAAACAAAAGAACCAAGCCUGGUUCGACUUGCGAGCCUUUGCAAGGCGGGCUAGUCAGCAGAGACUGACCCCGCCAAGCGGUGUUAUGGACGGUGCGUACAGAAGCCGAAGUGCAGUAACCACCUGCUCACAGCUGCUAUGAACCCCAGAAGGACCGAAAAAAGACCCCUCCACUCUAUUUUUGUGUUGUUUUUGCACAGACUCCGGGAAAAGUGAAGGCCACCGAUCCGAGUAGUACUCAACUGUGAGGGACUGCUGGUCUUGGAUUUUUUUUUUUUUUCCAUUAAAUUCAGCUGAUCAUAUUGAUCAGUAGAUUAACGUAAAUAGCUUCCAAUUUUAAAAGUCGAAUUGCAGUGUUUUUUCACUGUAUCCAACAAUGUCAGUGCUUUAUUUAAUAUUUCCUCUUCUGUAUCAUGGCAUUUGUCUACUUGCUUAUCUAUGACAUUGUCAAUUAUGCAUUUGUAAUUUUACAUGUAAUGCAUUCUUUGCCAGUUUUAUUCUAUAGGCUAUGGACCUCAUGUGCAUAUAGAAAGAUCUAGCUCUACCACCAGUUGCACAGAUGUUACCUAAACAUUAAGUAAUUGUAGAACAUAGGACUGCUAACCUCAGUUCGCUCUGUGAUGUCGAGUGGUGAUCUCCUUUUGAUACUACUUGUACCUGUAUGUCUUUCAGAAAGACAUUGGUGGAGUCUGUAUCCCUUUUGUAUUUUUAAUACAAUAAUUGUACAUAUUGGUUAUAUUUUUGUUGAAGAUGGUAGAAAUGUACUAUGUUUAUGCUUCUACAUCCAGUUUGUAUAAGCUGGAAAAUAAAUAAAUAUAACAUAA